AUGUCCUUCUCUCAGUUCGGAUACCCCUACAGCACCAGUUCACAGUUUUUCGUGUCCGCCAGCCCCAGCACGACCUGCUGCGAGGCUGCCCCCCGCUCCGUGCCGGAUGCCUCCUCGGCGCCGGCCGCAUCCCUCUGCUGCGCCCCGUACGAGAGCCGGCUGCUGGCGCCCGGCCGCGCCGAGCUCAAUGCGGCGCUGGGCAUGUACGGAGCCCCGUACGCCGCCGGCCAGGGCUACGGCAACUACCUGCCCUACAGCGCCGAGCCCGCCGCACUCUACACUGCGCUGAACCCGCAGUAUGAAAUCAAGGACGGCGCCGGCACGCUGCACUCGGGAAUCGCGCAGCCCGCUGCCUACUACUCCUACGAUCAUUCCUUGGGGCAGUACCAGUACGACAGGUACGGGACGGUGGAUUUCAGUGGUUCGGCCAGACGCAAAAAUGCAACGCGAGAGACGACGAGCACCCUCAAGACCUGGUUGUACGAGCAUCGCAAAAACCCCUACCCCACCAAAGGAGAGAAAAUCAUGCUGGCCAUCAUCACCAAAAUGACCCUGACGCAAGUGUCCACUUGGUUUGCUAACGCCAGACGGAGGCUCAAGAAAGAAAACAAAAUGACCUGGUCUCCCAAGAACAAAGCGGGGGAUGAAAGGAAAGAAGAAAACCCGCGGGAAGAGGAAGAAUACGGCACGGAGAGCGAAGGCAGAGCAGAGCAGAAGAGCUGCAAGGAGGACAAGGAGCUGCGGUUCAGCGACCUGGACGACCUAGAGGAGGAGGAGGAGGAAGAGGAGGCGGGGAAGCCGGAGAAGGGCCGGGCCAGCUCCCUGCAGGAAGCCCACAGCCUCGGCGCGGCGCUGCCCGAGGGCUCGCGGAACGACUGCACUCUACCCGGCCCCUUCCGCGCUUUUCCCUGCGCCAAGGGCCCCGCUGCGGACUUCGCCCCCGCCGCCUUGCCCGGCCCGCAACCGCUCUACGCGCCAGCGGAGAAGCCGCGCAUCUGGUCGCUGGCGCGCACCGCCGGGGCCAGCGCGGCGCGCAGGGGCAGCCCCGAGGGCCGCGGCGCGGAGGGCGGCGGCUGUGCGGCGGGAGAGCUGCCCCUGCCCUCCAAGGCCUUCCGGACCUCCGCUUUCAACCUGCAGCCGCUCCCGCGGAGCUGCUCGUCCCACCGCGGGCUGGGGGAGCCGUGCCAGUAUGCGGCGGCGGGCGAAGGUACCCGCGGCGGCGGGGCCGCGGGGACGGGGGGGAUCGCGAUCCGGGACGGGACACAAGGCGCGGCGUGA